AUGGGUAAAGGCGGUCGGGUUUUGUGUAUCAUCACGCCGUAUGCACUCACCAUCGCUUCGUUGGUAUGCCUCAUCAUCGUCGGGCUGGGCUGCACAAAUUCUGGCUCAAGCACAUUAAAUGACCUCUACUUCUUCCGGGCCGAUCUGCAGAACAUGACAACAACCGCAUCGAGCAAAAGCACCGUAUCUCAGGCUCUCUCCGAUGCCGGUGUGACCGUUUCAGAUGGAGAUAUCUCCGCGGCCUUGGAACAGGUCCAGAAGCAGUUUGACCUCAAGGACUUUUACAACAUUGGUCUGUGGGGCUACUGUGAUGGAAACGUCACCAACAACGAUUUCGAAGUUUCGGAGUGCUCGAAGCCUAAGGGAGAGUUCUGGUUCAACCCCAUCGAGGUCUGGAACUUGGAGGAGACCGGCGUCGAGAAUGGCCUUCCCAGUGGCCUGCGCAAGUCUUUGAACCUCUACAAGAACGUCUCCAAGUGGAUGUUCAUCGCCUAUAUCGUCGCCUUCGUCGCCACGGUUGUCGAAUUGGUCGUCGGUGUCUUCGCUAUCUGCAGUCGCUGGGGUAGCUGCGUCACCACGCUUAUCUCUGGUGUUGCUUUCCUCUUCACUGCCGCAGCCUCCGUCACUGCUACGGCCAUGUUCGCCACCGUCACCGGUGCCUUCAACGAGAACCUGAAGGACUAUGGUAUGCACGGUAGCAUGGGAAAGAACAUCUAUGUCACCACCUGGUUGGCUGUCGCCUUCUCCUUGGGAGCUGCUCUGUUCUGGAUGCUCAGCACCUGCUGCUGCUCUGGUCGCUCCCCCUACAACCACAAGAACACUCCUCGCGGUGUCACGGCCGAGAAGACCCCUUACACCUAUGAGCCUCUCGGCCCUCAGGGCAACCAACAAGCCUCUCCCUACAAUACCUCCUACCCACCACCCCCUCCUCCUACUCAGAACCGGUCAAAUGCCUAUGAGCCCUUCCGCCAUGUCUAA